UCAGUAGCGGCGUGGAGAGAGUCGCGCGCUGCUCAUUCCUCUUGUGGAGGAGCGCGUGAGUGCUGCAGAACGCUGGAAAGAAACAGAGCCGUAGAGCGCGCGCGCGAGAGCAGCUCCAGCAUGGAUUUACCUUUCGUAUUUCUCACCAAACUCUUUCUGAUGCUCGGCUGUGUCCGGCUGUCCUGCUGCAAAGAUGGCUGUGACAGUCCUCUGGUGUCCAAUCUCCCACAAGCAGCCUUCAAGAGUUCAUCUCAGCUAUCCAACAGCCAUGGACCUGGCUACGCCAAACUUAACAGAAGAGAUGGAGCAGGUGGAUGGUCACCGAUGAAUUCCAAUAGAAAUCAGUGGUUGGAAAUCAAUUUUGUGGAAAGGACUGAGGUGACAGCCAUUGCUACCCAGGGCAGAUAUGGCAGUUCAGACUGGGUGACCCAAUACCUCCUCAUGUUCAGUGACACAGGACAUAACUGGAGGCAGUACCGGCAGGAGGACAGUAUUGGGGCAUUCUCUGGGAACACAAAUGCAGACAGCGUAGUGUCCUACAAGCUCCAGCAGCCGGUGUUCGCCCGGUACCUCCGUGUCCUGCCUCUGGAUUGGAAUCCCAAUGGAAGGAUUGGGUUACGGUUAGAGGCGUACGGCUGCCGAUACAAAUCGGACGUAGCCAGCUUUGAUGGAGCUAGCUUCUUGCUCUUUAAGCCUAACACCAUCACCAGUCCUUAUCCCAGAGAACUGCUAACCAUGAACUUCAAAACACUUCACAACUCUGGAGUCCUGAUGCACAUGGACAGCAGUCACGGUCACACCCUCACGCUGGAGGUUCUCCGAGGAAAACUCUUCAUCCAUCUCAGGAAAGGUAAUUUUCACACUGCGGCAUCACUAGGCAGCCUCCUGGAUGACCAACACUGGCAUCAUGUUAGCAUUGAGCGCCUCCGAGGACAUGUCAACUUCACUGUGGACAAAAGCGACGUGCAGCCUCUCCAGUUCCCCGAACACCAGAGUCACUUUGAGAUUAACGAGAUCAGCUUUGGUGGCAUUUCAGCAGAUGGGACUCAGGGAGAGAACUCUGAGAGGAAGUUCCACGGCUGUUUGGAGAAUGUGCAGUACAACGGCAUCAAUGUGAUCGACCUGGCUAAAAGGAACCAACUCACUGCUGUGGGAAACAUCACAUUCUCCUGUUUGGAGGCCGUGGACAUGCCGGUGACGUUCACCACCCCCGAAAGUUUCCUUCAGCUCCCAUGGACAUCAACACGUGACACUGUGUCAGUCGGAUUACAGUUCCGGACCUGGAACAGGGCAGGCCUGCUGAUGACCUUUGACCUUCAGCAGCAAGCGGGAAUGCUAUCGGUUUACUUGAGCGAGGCGAGGGCAAGGGCACAGGUCCGCAGGAUGGGCAGGAUCAUGGCUGACAUCACGGCAGGGUCUGCGCUAAAUGAUGGCCAGUGGCACUCCGUGGACCUGAGCAUCCGUCGAGGUCGUCUAAUCUUGGCAGUGGACAAAUUGGACAUGUCCACUGUCACAAUAUCCUUCCCCAUUGUGCCUGGCAACCAGAUCUUUCUAGGAGGAUGCCCAAUUACGGAGGACGAAUGCAAGAAGUCCUCAGACGCUUUCCAAGGAUGCAUGCGCCUCAUCCAGUUGGAUGAGGGAGCACCAGUGGAUCUGAUCAAGGUGCAGCAGACACUAAUCGGAAACUUUAGCGACCUCCAGGUGGACAUGUGCGGGAUCAUCGACAGGUGUUCUCCGAGUCACUGCGAACAUGGCGGGAGGUGCACGCAGUCAUGGAGCACUUUCCACUGCGACUGCUCCAGCACGGGAUAUAAAGGGGCUACAUGCCAUAGCUCUGUCUAUGAGGCAUCAUGUGAAGCAUACAAGCACAGAGGGAACACAUCAGGCCUGUACCACGUAGACAUAGAUGGAAGCGGACCGAUCAAGCCGCAGCUCAUCUACUGCAACAUGUCAGAUAAAGCAUGGAUGGUGAUCCAACACAAUAACACUGAGCUCACCAAAUUACGCCCGUCCUCAGGGAGCACUCAGCAUUCAGCUUCCUUUAACUAUUCCGCCGAUGCCGAGCAGCUCGCGGCCAUAAUUACCCGAGCAGAGCACUGCGAGCAGGAACUAUCUUACCACUGCAAAAAGUCACGCCUCCUGAACACACCAGAUGGCACGCCAUUUACCUGGUGGGUGGGCCGGUCAGGAGAUGCCCACACAUACUGGGCAGGGUCACCAGCGGGCACUCAGCAGUGCGCCUGCGCCGUCCAGAACAGCUGCAUGGAUUCCAAGCACCUGUGCAACUGCGACAGCGACCUCGACGACUGGCUAAACGAUUCUGGCGUCCUCUCUCACAAAGAGCAUUUGCCAAUCAGGAUGUUAGCAGUGGGGGAUAUUAGCAGGCCAGGGUCCGAGGCUGCGUAUCAAGUAGGUCCACUCCAGUGCUACGGUGACAAUGAUUUCUGGAACGCAGCCCACUUUGAUAAGGAGAACUCCCACCUCCAUUUCCCAACAUUCCAUGCUGAGCUUAGUGCUGACAUUUCCUUCUUUUUCAAGACCUCAUCUUCCAGCGGCGUGUUCCUUGAGAACCUGGGAAUUAAAGACUUCAUCCGUGUUGAACUGAGAUCACCUACUGAAGUCAUUUUCUCAUUUGACGUGGGGAACGGGCCACUCGAGGUACGUGUGAAGACUCCUGUUCAUCUGAACGAUGAGCGCUGGCACCACGUUGUGGCCGAGCGGAACAUCAAGGAAGCAUCACUGAGUGUGGACCAUCACCCUGGGUCAGUGCAGAAAGCCCCCACCGAGGGGCAUAUCCACCUCCAGCUCAAUAGCCAGCUCUUUGUGGGUGGAACUGCAUCGAGGCAGAAGGGCUUUCUGGGCUGCAUCCGGUCACUGAAGCUGAACGGGAAAACGCUGAAUCUGGAGGAGCGAGCAAAGAUCACACCCGGUGUCCGUCCCGGAUGCCCAGGCCACUGCAGCAGCUAUGGGUACCUGUGUCAAAACCAGGGUCAGUGCCUAGACAAAGAUAACGGCUUCACCUGUGACUGUGGAGCCUCCUCAUACUCUGGCACUUUCUGUCACAAAGAGGUUUCCGCAUUUUUCCGACCCGCCACCUCUGUGACCUACACAUUUAAGGAACCAUAUGAGCUGAUCAGAAAUGGCAGUGCGAUGUCCUCCUCCAUGUACUCUGACCUGACACUGAAAGGGGAGAACGUAUCGCUGAGUUUUCGCACCAGCCAGGCGCCAGUUAUCCUCCUGUAUGCCAGCUCGUACUACAGAGAGUUCCUCGCCAUCUUUCUGAACAGGAACGGUCAACUGGAGGUGAAGUACAAACUGCAGAAUAACCGAGAUGCUGACGUCUUCAGAUCGAGUGCAAAGAGCCUGGCCAAUGGACAGCUGCACCGAGUGUCAAUACGAAGAGUCCUAGAAAACCUCAGUAUUCAGAUUGAUCAGAACGCAAGGGAAGACUUCAACCUAUCAUCAGAUGUUGACUUCAAUGCCAUCAAAGCCAUCAUCAUCGGGAGAGUGCCUGAGUAUGAUGAGUCGGAUACAGAGAUAAGUCAUCUAACUUCUCAGGGCUUUACCGGCUGCCUGUCAGUGGUCCAGUUCAACUCCAUCUCUCCUCUGAAAGCAGCGCUGCUUUAUCCACAUACCAGUCCUGUUGCUGUCACAGGGACACUGACUGAGUCCAACUGCGGCUCGUCCUCGUCAUCCAGUCCCUAUGCGGCCGAAACCACCCACUCCCUGUCGGAUCAUGUGGGUACUGUAGGAGAGCCUGUAGUCAAUGCAAUCAGCGGUGACUCGGCUUUGAUUGGAGGCGUCAUUGCUGUCGUGAUAUUUGUGAUCCUGGCCUGCCUGGCCAUAAUGGCACGCUUCUUCUACAGGCGGAAAGAUACGUUUCAGACCCAGGAGUCGAAGGAAGUAAAAGAGGAAGAUGGUCCUGAAACAGUGUUGAAUGCUGACCACGGCAAACACAGUGUGAUCAAUGAAAGCCAAAAAGAGUAUUUCAUAUGAUGUUUACUUUUCUGUGAUGGUCAGACUUUCAGACUAAUCCAGGAUAGCGCAGGACACAAACAUCUCGUCCCGAGCUUUGACCUGAGAUGUUGGACGCUGUUAAAAAGAUGUUGAGAAGCAAAACACCCGGUGAAAACACUCGAAAACAGUUACACCCAUAUGUUUUUUGUACAUAGGCUGGAAAGUUCCAACAUUUGCCACAAAAUAAAUGUUUCUAAUAUGUGUGCAAUGAUCAUCGAUUGUAAAUAUUAUUUUGAAAUGUACACAUGGGGGAAAAAAAACAAUCUCUUUGUAACUGUUGCCUUUUAUGCAGGAUUUUAUUGAAAUGCCCUAUCCCACACCUACACUAGUACAAAACACAUACAGGGAAGUCCAAAAGACUGAGACGUUUGUAUCUUUAUGUAAUAUGCCAAAAAUAAUUUAAAAAAUUUAGAAUUCUUAGAAGUAUUUUUAUUUAUUUUUUAUUUUUUUUUACAUUUUUGAAUGAAUAAUUCAUUUUUCUGAAUUUCAAAUCGGUGCAUCCAGCUUUCGCUCUUGCUUGAAUAUAAAUAGUGAUCUAGAAUCUUGAAUAUUGAAGCAUUUCCUUUUUUCAAUUUUGAUUAAGUUUUUUGGUUUGUUUAUUUCAAAAUUGGUUUGUUUCAAUGAAAUGAAAAAAAUAAUAAAUAGUCUCAGACUGUUGGAUGCCACUGUAUAACUUUGGUGAAAUAUAUGGUAUUUUGAGGGGCAGUAUUGAGUAUGUAAAUCUAUCUGUGUAGCUUAUAUAACAUAAAAAUAAUAUAAUAUAUUUGCGGCACACACUAAUGAACAUGGGAGUAAAUGUUCAUCACUCCCAAAAGUCAACUGCUUUUUUUGUUGUUGUUGAUGAUGAGAAUGAUGAUGAUGAAUCGUCUUUUGAAGAUCAAAACUAAAAGCGUAGCGUUUGAUGUUCUCUCGCGUGAUUGUUUCGGUUCUCAGGUUGUCGAGUGUUUUUGGGGGGUAUUUGUGCUCUGUGUGGACAACAGCGGGCCUUGCUUUCUUGUGCCCACUAUUAAUCUUCUGUUAGACUGAAAGCUCUCAGUGAGCAUCCGUAAGGUUCCCCGUUGUUUUCUGUGCAUUUCCAGGAUGAAAAUAAAAUGUGUUUUUUGGGGGAUUUAAUUGUGAGAGAGAGAAAGGGACAAAAAAAAGGGAAAUCUUUCUUCCUGUGCAUUGAAUCACUGCACACUGAAACACUGUAACUAUGACUACAUUUUUGGGAACGAGUGUAAGAAUAAAAGAAAAGAAAAUGUUUCCAAGCUAAAAGUGUUAAUCUGCAUUCUGGCUUUGGUAAAACUCAGUCACUUCACUCCCAAAUACUGUUUAAGUCUCAUUAUUUAUCAGAAAUAAAUACACUUUGUGUUAUGCACACAUUCCUGGAUUAAAAGAAAAA